CGAUAUAUGUCAUAUGACAGGCUCAACCUGGCUCCUUACUUCUCAGUGAUUGUGACAUUUCACAGUUAUCUCGGGAAAGCUGGUUAUCACGUAAAUCAAUUUUUCCAAAAAUGUGCAGCACGGAACAGAAACCUUUGUUCAGGGACCUCACUGCUGAAGACACGGAGCCAGAAGUGACGGAAAUAGAGUCCCUGUGCAUCAACUGCUACAAAAACGGCUCAACUAGAAUCUUACUGACUCGCAUCCCACACUACAAGAAUGUAGUUAUAAUGUCAUUUAGUUGUGAAUCAUGUGGUUAUGAAAAUAACGAGAUACAACCUGGAGGUGCUAUCGCAGAAUUGGGCGUAAGGUGGAAACUCCGUGUGGAAGCCCCUGCGGACCUAAAUCGCCAGGUGGUGAAGAGUGAUUUUACUUCUGUGAGGAUACCGGAAGUGGACUUUGAGAUUUCAGCGCAGAGUCAGAAGGGAGAGGUGACCACAGUUGAGGGCGUGAUAAGCCGCGCUGUGGCCGGUCUGACGCAAGACCAGGUGGCUCGGAGGGCGGAGCACCCCGAGGCUGCGGAGAAGAUAGACGCCUUCGUGGAGAACUUGCAGGGGCUCCGCGCACUAGACACGCCGUGGACGCUGUUACUCGAGGAUAUAAGUGGUAACUGCUUCAUAGAAAACCCAGAGGCUCCCAAGAAGGACCCCCGCGCUGAACGGACAGACUUCAAGCGGAGCAAGGAGCAGGAUCAUAUAUUAGGCAUUUAUACCCACGAGGAGCCAUGUGGCGAUUCUCCAGUGGACGUGUCGGACAGUUUACCCGGAACCCUGACCCCCGCAGACCCUAGCGAGGGGUCUUAUGAUCGUCAGGUCGCCGAAGAAAUUCUGCAGUUCAGAACUAACUGUCCAGACUGCAACGCACCAGCCGAUACUAAUAUGAAAAUCACUAAUAUACCACAUUUCAAAGAAGUUGUGAUCAUGGCGACCGUAUGCGACGCUUGCGGCCACAGAACUAACGAAGUAAAGUCGGGGGGCGGUAUAGAAGACAAGGGUGUCAGAUUCGUGGUGCGAGUGGCGAACAGGGAUGACUUCUCACGGGAUAUUCUUAAGUCUGAAACCUGCAGUAUGUCCAUACCGGAGCUGGACUUGGAGGUGGGUGGUGCCGCUCUGGGCGGCCGGUUCACCACCGCGGAGGGGCUAGUCAGGGCUUCGCUGGAGCAAAUAGGCUGCGCCCCCGAGCUCUCCGGGGACGCGCCCGCACCUGCCAAGGAACGCAUGGCAGAAUUUAUGGGGAAACUGCAAGAAGUGCUGGACAACAAGCGAUCUAUCACCAUAAUUCUGGAUGACCCAGCCGGCAACUCUUAUGUACAGAACUUGAACGAUGACCCGGAGCAGUACGAUGAUGGCCUCCAGGUGAGUCGUUAUGAGCGGAGUUUCGAACAAAACGAAGAGCUGGGGCUUAACGAUAUGAAGACUGAAGGCUACGAGGCAAGCUGAAAGCAUUUGUAAACUUCAACAAUAAAAGACAUUUGUAAAUGUCAACAAAGUGAUAAUUUAUGUAAACAACCUAUAGUCCGUUCAAAGUUAUUUUACCUUAGAGCUGUAAGUUGUUGUUUUUUGAUUUGUCCCUUUUAGGCCAGGCAAAGAUCAUUGACCGUACAGCCUUCUAGCUGUAAAGUUGUCGGAAUGUUAUGAUGACCUAAUUUGAGGUUAAAACUUACUGUGUGAGAGAGAAAAGGACACGUAUAUCCUUUUCUCUCGUUUGUUUAUAUAACGUCAGUUUUUUUUACAUUCAUUAUCUGUUCUCUUUGACCUUUUUUAAAAAUAAACCUUUUGUAAU